CUACACCACACCCCUAAACCAGAGUAUAAAACUCCACGCAUCUUCUUAGCCUGGUCUCUCCACCUCGAGAUUUGAGAGGCUUCAAAAAAGAACUUCAUCGAAAAUGGCACCAGUCGGCGAGAAAAAGGGAAUUCUGGAACGACUCAGUGGAGGGGAGGUCGUAAUUGGAGAUGGUGGUUUCGUCUUUGCCCUGGAGAAAAGAGGCUAUGUGAAGGCAGGGCCGUGGACUCCAGAAGCUGCUGCGGAGCAUCCAGAAGCUGUGCGACAGCUGCACAGAGAAUUCCUGAGGGCGGGAUCAAAUGUCAUGCAGACAUUUACAUUCUAUGCUAGUGAUGACAAACUGGAGAACAGGGGGAACAAGUUAAGCUUUACAGGUCAGCAGAUUAAUGAAGCAGCCUGUGACUUGGCCAGAGAGGUAGCCAAUGAGGGUGAUGCUUUAGUGGCAGGUGGUGUGUCUCAGACUCCCUCAUACCUAAGUUGCAAGAGUGAGGAUGAGGUGAAGGCCAUUUUCAAGAAGCAGCUUGAGGUCUUCGUCAAGAAAGAUGUGGACUUCCUGAUUGCAGAGUAUUUUGAGCAUGUUGAGGAGGCUGUGUGGGCAGUUCAGGUACUGAAAGCCACUGGAAAACCUGUUGCUGCCAAUCUGUGCAUUGGGCCAAAGGGAGACAUGCAUGGAGUCAGCCCAGCAGAAUGUGCUGUCCAACUGGUUAGGGCAGGUGCUGAUAUUAUUGGAAUCAACUGUCACUUUGAUCCCAUGACCUGCGUGAAGACAGUGGAGAUGAUGAAGGAGGGCAUUGAGAAGGCAGGGCUUACGAGUCACUACAUGGUGCAGCCAUUGGCUUACCACACCCCUGACUGCAACUGUCAAGGCUUCAUUGAUUUGCCUGAAUUUCCCUUUGCCCUAGAACCGAGGAUUCUGACUCGGUGGGACAUGCAGCAAUAUGCCAGGGUGGCUUACAAAGCAGGCAUCCGGUACAUUGGAGGCUGCUGUGGAUUUGAGCCAUAUCACAUUCGUGCCUUGGCUGAGGAGCUGGCACCCGAGAGGGGCGUCCUACCUGCUGCCUCUGAAAAACAUGGCAUGUGGGCUAGUGGCUUAGAGAUGCACACUAAGCCAUGGGUUAGAGCCAGGGCCCGUCGUGACUACUGGGAAAACCUUAAACCUGCCUCCGGGAGACCUAAAUGCCCAUCCUUGUCAACUCCAGACAGUUGGGGUGUUACCCAGGGCCAUACUGACCUGAUUCAACAGAGGGAAGCCACCACCCAGGACCAGCUCCGUCCCCUUUUUGAUAAAGCCAAGCACUGAGUACAAAUGACUAGGGAGGUGGAGACCAAAAACAUCUAUGUAAUACUGCCUUUAGUUUUAUUUACUGGAGAUUCCUAUUUUAUUCUCACUUUCACUCCUACUUAUUACCCAAUUCUCAAAAAUAUUACAAAGAUAAUACAGUGAUCUUCUUGGUAUCAGGACCAGUUUUCAGUGUUCUACAUUGUUUCAUCUUUCCACUUUCAGAAUUCCUGAGCAACACAUAACAAUCUGUAAUGGUGCAAGUCAGCAGCAUUUAAAGGCUGCUUUAAAAACUGAUGGAGGUACAUUUAAACUGAUAAGGAAAAUAAGAGGUGACUACAUUGAUUUAAAACAUUGAUUUAAAGUAGCUGAAAAUAUAUGUAGCAAGCUGCAUUCCAUGUUUCUUGAACACUCCAGGGUUAUGAUAGUGACAUAGUGUUAGUAUACUGAAGUGCCAGUUUCGAUUUUCUGAAGUUCAAUAAAAUUGCACAUGAUGCUCAUAA